ACCUUCUUAUCCCACCCGUGGGGUAAGGAUAGUGAUGAUGAUGAUCUGUAAUAAGAUGGACUUUUCAAAGGGAAAAAUGAACCUUGACUAUCGUCUUUGAAGCUGCCAUGGUCGCUUAGCUUUGGGGAAGUUCAGAGGAAGUAUUCCGGUCCACAGUAAUUUUCAUACUUUUCUGUAUGACAAGUAUGAGUACUCAUGUUUUUAAACAUCAGGUAUGAUCAGAAAUGAGGUAAGAAAUAAUGUAAUAUAAAAAUUGGAGAGAGAGUAAUAGAUAAGUGUUAUAAAUAAUUCAAUGUUGUCUGCUUAUGCGCCGCAAUCUUGAACUCUUGAGAGAUGGAGAAAACCUUUCUGAGCUCCAAUGCUGGGCUCUUUUUGCUUUUGUCGAUCUUCUGCUUCAAGCCCAUUUACAUUCAAGCUCAAGCUCCGGCUCUUCCUCUUCCACAGACUGAAGUGAGAGCUCUUGCUGAAAUAGCUGCUCAGUUAGGGAAAAAGGGCUGGAACUCUAGCCUGAAUCCGUGUGAUGGGGACCCAAGCUGGAACACACCACUGCAGAUUGACAGGCCAGGCUAUAAAAAUUCUCUUCUCUGCAAUUGUACAUAUGGUGAUGGUUCCUGCCAUGUGGAUACCAUAGCACUCAACGGACAGGAUUUAGCAGGCGUCCUCCCCCCUUCUUUGUCGAAGUUACCAUUCCUCAAGAAGAUUGACCUUACUCGUAACUAUUUAAGUGGGACAAUACCCCGUGAAUGGGCAUCUACCAAACUGCAAUUCAUAAGUAUUGCUGUAAAUAAAUUAUCAGGACCCAUUCCAGCAUAUUUGGGAAAUAUAACCACUCUUACUAUAAUGAGUCUGGAGAAUAACAUGUUUAACGGAACUGUUCCAAAGGAACUAGGGAAACUUGUCAAUUUAGAGAGAUUCAUUAUCUCUGCAAACGAUCUCAGCGGUGAGCUCCCAAUGGAAUUGAAUACUUUGACCAAGUUGACAGAAAUUAGGUUGAGCCAGAACAACUUCAGCGGGAAAUUGCCUAGAUUCGAGACCUGGAAAAACCUUCAAAGCUUAGAGAUUGAAGCUGGUGGUUUUGAAGGACCAAUACCAUCAAGCAUUUCUGUAUUAACCAACUUAACUGAACUAAGAAUUAGUGACUUGAAUGGAGGUGCCUCCGUGUUUCCCUGGUUAAAAAACAUGACAACCAUGCAAAAGUUGAUGUUGAGGAGCUGCAAUUUAUCCGGGAAGAUUCCAGAUUUUGUGGGCAGUAUGACGCCAUUGCGUUCUCUAGAUCUGAGUUUCAACAAUCUGGAAGGUGAAAUUCCAAGUCUUGAUGGCCUGAGUAAUAUGGAGAUGAUGUUACUGACAAACAACUCUUUUACUGGGCCUGUACCAGAAUGGAUGAUAAGUCGAGAUCCCAGAACGCAAAUAGAUAUUUCAUACAAUAACUUCACCGAGAGCUCUGUUCCAUCAACUUGUCGCGACAGCUUCAACUUGUUCAAAACCUUCAGCGGAUGGGAUAAUGGAGAAGCAGGGAAAUGCUUGAGUUCUUGCUCAAAGGAUUGGUAUUCCUUCCAUAUAAAUUGUGCUGGUUCCAAAGUUGUGGUUGGAGAAACUUCUUAUGAUGACGAUCAAACCUCAGCAGGCUCAACAAACUUUGCUCACCCCUAUGAGAAUUGGGUUACAAGUAGUACAGGAGACUUUUGGGAUAGAAACCGAACCAUUUCUGACUAUACAGCAAGUAAUGUAUCUGUCAUAAAGGGAAAUGAAACUGAACUUUACACAACGGCUCGUGUCUCUCCUUUAUCAUUGACUUAUUAUGGACGCUGCUUGGCAAAUGGAAACUAUACGAUCACUCUACAUUUUGCCGAAAUUGUUAUAAGAGAUAAUAGGUCAUUCCAAAGUCUUGGAAGACGGUUAUUUGAUGUUUAUAUACAGGGUCUACGUGUGUUGAAGGACUUUGACAUUAAAAGUAAAGCGCAAGGAGUUGAUAUACCCAUAAAGCUAAAAUUUAAGGCGACUGUCACAGACAAGACUCUAGAAAUACGCUUUCACUAUGCUGGGAAAGGGACGACAGCAGUCCCAGUAAGAGGAAAAUAUGGCUCUUUAGUGUCAGCUAUCUCUGUAGUAUCUGAUUUUGAACCUCCUAAUGACAUCAGAAAGGCUCUUAUUAUAGCUGUUUCAGUGGCUACUCCAUUAAUUUUCAUUCUCAUGGUUCUUGGCAUUGUUUGGAGAAUAAGCUACCACAAAAGAAAAAUUUCAAAGCAACAAGAACUAGCUAGGCUUGAUCUGAAGACUGGCUUCUUCACCUUGAGACAACUUAAAGCUGCCACUGAUGACUUCAGUGCUGCAAAUAAGAUUGGAGAAGGUGGUUUCGGAGCUGUUUACAAGGGUACACUACUAGAUGGUACCAUAAUUGCAGUUAAGCAGCUUUCCUCCAAAUCAAAACAAGGAAACCGUGAAUUUGUGAAUGAAAUUGGCAUCAUCUCUGGUUUGCAACACCCAAAUGUUGUGAGACUCUAUGGAUGCUGUGUAGAUGGACAUCAACUUCUACUGGUAUAUGAGUAUGUCGAGAACAACAGCCUUGCCCGUGCUCUGCUUGGUCCAGAAGAAUCACGACUGGCAAUCGACUGGCCAACUAGGCAAAAAAUUUGUGUUGGCACAGCUAAAGGUUUAGCUUUCCUGCAUGAAGAGUCAGCUCUAAAAAUUGUUCACAGAGACAUAAAAGCUGCUAAUGUACUAGUUGACAAGAACCUCAAUCCAAAAAUUGCGGACUUUGGUUUGGCCAAACUUGAUGAAGGGGAUAACACACAUAUCAGCACUAGAGUUGCAGGAACAAUUGGAUACAUGGCCCCUGAAUAUGCAUUAUGGGGCUACUUGACUUAUAAAGUAGACGUGUAUAGCUUCGGCAUUCUGAUUCUAGAAAUAGUUGCUGGGAUAAACAACAUGAAGUUUCGGCCUGAUGAGGACUAUGUUUGCCUACUUGACUGGGCUUUAGUUCAACAAAAGAAAGGGAAUUUGCUGGAACUGGUAGAUCCAAAACUGGGAUCAGAUUUCAACAGAGAUGAGGCCUUGAGAAUGAUCAAAGUGGCAUUGUUGUGUACCAGUCCGUCACCAGCGCUUCGGCCAACCAUGUCUGCAGUGGUCCAAAUGCUUGAAGGUAAGGCUGAUGUUAAUGAGAUCAGCUCGGAUGCAACUAUGUAUGGCGAUGAGUACAACUUUCAUUCUCUUAGAGAAAAGUAUGAUGACGAGUCGACGUCAGUUGAGAAACACAGUUUUUGUAAAUCAUCUGAUGCAAGAAGCCAUAUCGCGAACGCCACCUAACAUGAAAAGGCUUUGGUUUGGUAUAAAUAUACUAUGCAAGAACAGGAGAUAACCUAUGAAGCACGGAAACUCUCCGCAGCUCACGUUUCCCAGUUUCCGAAACUCGAAAGCGUGUCGGAAACUCGGAAACUUCAAAUUCCCGUUUCGGGGCCGUUUCCGUAAUUAAGAAGAAUUGGGAAACCCGUUUCCCUAAAUUAUUAGCAUUUCAGAAACCGUGAAUUUUCAAUUUUUUUCUUUUUUAAGAGGUCCUAUGAUGGAAAAUAGUGUCUUAAAAAAUAGUGAUUUUUUGUGUUACAUCUUCGUAGCAACAUUGUGGUAUUUCAUAACGCAAUUGCUACGAAUGAAUUGCAUUCUAUGUUUAAUUAUGUAAUAAUAUGUAAUAAUUUCUAAAUUUGAACAUGUAGAAUGCUUUUAUUAUUGGGCUAUUAAGCAAGUUAUAUGAAAAUGUCAUGUGCAUAUAUAUCAAUGAAAAAAUCUGUAUACAUAUGA